AGUGUUGCGAAUUCCUUGGCUAAGAACAGCAAACGAAAAUUAUCAGCUGUAGAACAACUUAGCAACGUCAAAAUGGGUCACAAAAUGGAUACAAUAUAUGUCUCAGGCAAUGUUGAACUUGGAUGUCUGGAGAUUAGUGGUGUUCCCUGCCAAACUAAAGCAUGGCAUGACAGCAGAAUGAAAAUGCCCUUUGUUAUGAAAGAUAUGUUGAUGAACAUUGUAAAAAAGACGACAGUCAAGCUUGAUGAUAUCCACAUUGUAGGCUAUAACAUCAAUAAUGAAGAAAUCAGACUCAUGGACAUGGAUUCCCCAAUGGGAUAUGUUACAAGAAUUCGACGCCUAAAUGAAAUACCAUACCCAUCCAGCAGUGACGAUUAUAUUACAUGCAUGAUUCCUUUAUUGCAGCUGGCUGCAUUGGGAAAAGUCAUCAUGGAAGACACGCUCCACAUCAUCCAUCAUACUCCUCGAUCCCUUACUGUUUCAAACUAUCCUUCUGCCCGCCCUGUCUUGCCGUCUUGCUUUUUACCAUCCUCACUAGCAUCAUCAUCUAAAAAACCAAAAAAUUAAAUAUAAUUAGUCCUUUGUAUGCAGAAUAUCCUUACAUCUGUUAUUUUGUCGGUAUCAAUUUUUCUCAUAUUUUAAUUGAAAAGAAAAAACAAGUAGCCAAUGAUUUGAGUUAAUGUGGCAAAAUGAAUGUCAGCUGAACAGAACGGCUUUUUUUCGUAGAUGACUCGGUUCAACCAUGCAGAGGCUAUAAAUGAACUUCAAGAACUAAGAACCACAAACGAACGCUGUUGUGAGAGAGUAGUUAGUUUGGCUCAGAGAAUAAUUGACGACAAUUAUAUUUCAACAUUAGGAGAUCAAGUUUGGCCCUUUUAUGAACAAGCAGCUAUAGCAGCCCUUGAUGCUCAAAACUUUACACUUGCCAAUGUAA